AUCUUUUUUUUUUUUUUCUGGAUCCGAGGUGGGGAAGCAAUGGUGGGUGUUCCCAAGCUGUUCAGUCACCCACUCCCCUGUGUGGGUCGGUUCUGUUGCAUGGCAGAGGGAUGGAGCUCCUGCUUCUCCUUCGUGCCUUCUGCUCCACAGCCGGAGCACUGCCCCCCCAGUGGGACCUUCCCACCUCGACACACCAAGAGCCAGACUCGUGUCAUCUCUAACAGAACGUGGUUAGCAGCAAGCUGGGAGACUGGAGGGGGAGUUCAGGACAUGGCUGUGUAAAUAACUGGGAGAUAUUUUGUGAAAAAUAACAAGAGGGGGAGAAAGGCCACACACUUGCUUUCUAUCUGUUAUCCUGGCAUCUCCUCCGUGGUGCUCCCAUGGCUGGCUUUCCAGGCUUUUUAUAAACAAAGGUGGGAGAUGGCUUCUGUGCUAAGCAAGGACAGCCUGGCAGCUGCCAUGUGAGAUGCUGCAGGUCGGGGCUCAGUGGGAGAGGCAGUGCACUGUGGCCAGGUGUGCUUCUGCUUUCUGGGCAGUGUCAGCACAGUGCUGUUGUGAGUCCAGCGCAGCAAACUGGCGGAGAAGGAGAGGAGCAAAUAGCUCCUUUGUUUUCCCACCCUUCUUGUGUUUUAAGCAUCGUUUAUCUGGGCUCUUGGGACUCACUGUUUGUCUAACCUGUGUCUGGGUUGUAAAAUCUCAUUCCGCGUUUUAAGAUGGCAAACAUCUUUCAGUGACUAUCCUCAGAAAUGCGUUUAGCACGGACACCGUGUGUCCUCUGUCUGUUUUAGGACUACAGAACCAUUUUUAAUGCUGUCUUUUGCUUACGUUGAAUUCCUAUAAAUAGGCUUUUCAAUAAAGCACAUUCAUCUCACGCGCAAUUGCUGUCAGAGGGAAGUGCAUAUUUGGGCAAGCCUACUUGAAGCACUAACCUUCGUAGUGCAGCUCCUGUGUUGCUCCAACUUCCCAUUCCAGUCUGUCGCUUUGUUGAGAAGAGCAGUGGUUGCCCUGCUAGGGGUGUCACCUUGGGAUGCUCUGCUCAGAAAUAUCACCAUUGGAAAUGGUGGGGGAAGACUCUGGGUGGUAAAACCUCUCAGUUACAGCGUCCCACAAACUGGCGUCUCGCAGCAGGAGGGCUUUAUGCAGGGCUGUAAGGAGAACUGCUCCCUGUGUUUCCUUCAGUGGAGCUCAUUAGGUCAAGUGCCAGAUCUGCUGCAUCACAUCUGCACGGCAUCUGGGCUGCGUGGGCAGAGGGGACGUAUGAGCAGAGCCUUCUGUCCUGCUGCUUCGUGCCACUGCCCCCAGGAGAAGGAAAGGGGCAGGACGCAGAGCUGCACCCCAGGGGCAGGUGAGUCAGUGCGCCUUGCUCUGCUCUCUCCCAUGUUGUCCGUAUUUUCUUUUGCUGACAGAAUUUGUGUUUUACUCCUUUAUAACGAUAUAGAACGGAGAAGAGAUAAAAAUGUUUUAUCUUUAACAACGUGAACAAAAUCAUCAGCUAAGCUGUUUGGAGAGACUAUUUCUAUUCCAGGUUUAAAGACAAGAGUGUUUGUCUUUACAUCCCCCAUUCUUCCUAAAUGAAGUGUAUGGCACCAGCAGCAUGGAGAGUCACCUUCUGAUAACGAGGCUUGGGGCCAUCACAAAAAAGCCUUGAAAUCAGCUCAGCUAGCAUUUGUGAAGCAGCUGGUUGGGAUUCCUGGCAGGUACUGCAGAGGCCUCCUGCGGCAGAGUUGUAGGUGCUGGUGCUGGUUGUUCCUGCGUGUUUUAUUUAACUUGCUGUUCAACUUUCGAGGAGGUGCAGAUGAUGCAGCCUGCAUCCUCACAGCCCGUUAGGCAGCAGCUGGACUGAGCUGCCCGCCUGCCUUGCUUCCCUCGAGCCCCUACUGAAGGCAGAAUAAACACAGCCACGCAGCACAGAGCCCAGGGGCUCGGCGUUGCAGCUAUCGGAAGGUAUUCCAUCUGGAGGUGGAAAAAACAGCCCUUACGGGUUUCUUUAUCUCGAGGCUGGCAAAGAGCGCCGAGUGAGUGACAUAUUUCCAUUUGACUCAUCUGUUGUCAAAGCAGUGACACCCUUGAGUCACAUUAAAUGCGAGGUCUUGUAGCUGGAUUGGCACGUGGCUCUGCUGACCGUGGAGCAGGAGUUUGCUGGUUGUGUUUUGCUUUCGUCCUUGCAGAAUUCCCCCCCUCCCUCCUCAAGAUGAGACUGAAUUGAUUAAUGCUAUUGCUAAUAUUAUGGCGUAAAAAUGACAGGAGAACCUGGUUCAGAUGUGAUGCUGGAUGCGAGCUCCAAAGAUGUUCAGAUAACAGUUUAAAACCCUGAGGAAAAAAAAAAAAAAAAUGAGUGCCCAGUAGCCAGAUGGUUGGAAAAGAGCUCCUCACGAUCAAUGAGGCAAUAUGUAAAUAUUUUCAAUCAUUACCACAGUACUGCUGUGUUGACAUUGAAAUUCAAAGUGCUAUUCCAUGGGGCUCCUCAUUGAUCAGCAGAUGAGCUCUCAUAAAACGGAGGAUAAAAGCAUGAUGCUGAGAAUUAUCAUGGAUUGUGGGCUUCGUUGGCAAGGACAGCCUUCCAGCAAGGUCUGCAGGAUGGAUUUUGAACCCUCUUUGUGCGUGUUUCUAACACACGGUGUUUCUUUUCUGGCUGUGAAGUAGGGAUUAAGGGGUAUAUUAUUUCUUGAGCUGUUUUAUUUAAGGGGAAAUGCUGCAUAGCCGACUAACUUUGCUUUGUUAAUUACCCUAUCGAUACGGGAAGUGAUAGAAAUGAAAUUGGUUGAAUUAAAAUAGAUUUUUUUGGGGGGGGAAAAGUCCUCCUGAAAGCAGGAUGCAGAGAUCUGGAUCUGGCUGAUUUGCUUAGCAAUCUUUCCAGGGGUGACAGCAUCCUCAUGCACAAAGCAGUGCCUUUAACAUAAGCAGGUGCUGAGCCCACCAGGAGGCCUUUUCUCCUCCUCCUUUUCUGUUUCCACUCAUGCAGUGUUCUCCUUGCAGCAAGGCCUACACCAGGUGCUCCGGGGGUGCAGAUACUGCAGCAUCAGGCAGGGGCAGAUUUAUCCAGGUGCCUUCCUGAGCCGCUCAGAUUUUCUCGUUAACUGCUCUGUUUAUCUUGUGUUCAUUAAUUCUCUCUGCUGCCUGGCACAUCCUGGAGCCUUUUCAUUUGAUUGCAGAGUUAUUCAGGGUUCUGAUAUUAUUUCUCUCCGGUUCGUUGCUUUUUAGUUGCUCAUUUAUAUCCCCUUAUUGUUUUAGGGUAAGUAACUGUUGUGGGAAUGGAAAACACCUUCCCUGAGCAUGGAGGGCUGGUGUGACUACCUGUGGUCUGAAGCUGAUGCCUGCAAAUCAGGACCAUGUGUGUGCAACCACAGCUGAUGUGAGUCAGGGCUGAGUACUUAGUGCAGGUAGUAGGGAGCAGGAGGCUGAGCUGAACAAUCUGUGGUGCUUGCUAGGAACAGUUUUGACCCUGGGUGUUUCCUAGGACAGGACCUGCUGUGCAUGUGGAUGCAUCUGGGUUACGCAGGGCUCUGCUCCUGAGCACAGGGCCAGCAUAUGCUGCUCUGUGGCUGCCACCAUGGCGUGUGCUCCGGCUGCAGCCAGGUGGGAGCUCUGCCUGCCCUGCUGGUGGGAAGUGCCUUAGAGGUGGCUGUAACUGGUCCUACUGGGAGAGAGGGCUGAUAACUGAAGUGCAGCGUGCUGGUUAAGCAGACGAGCCUUCAGAAGCCAGCAGAAAGCAUCUUGUAAUCGUCCUCCUCAGAAAGGUUGUUGACACGUGGACCAGCAGUGACAUCCUUCUUCAGCAAUGCUGUCUUUACUCCCUCCUGCAUUCAGAAGCAUCUAGAGAGAUUUCUUGCCAAAGGGAUCCUCAAUGCAUUUCCUUGCCAUUAUUUAAGGAGCCUUUACUAAAAGCUUCUGGAUUGUGUUUCUGAGUGGACAAAAGAUUUUGUAUUCAAAAUGCUUAUAAAGGAGUAUCGUAUUCCUCUUCCGAUGAGCGUGGAAGAAUAUCGAAUUGCACAGCUCUACAUGAUACAGAAAAAGAGCAGAGAAGAGACAUGUGGGGAAGGCAGUGGAGUAGAGAUCCUGGAGAACAGGCCGUACAUGGAUGGGCCAGGAGGGAAUGGGCAGUAUACUCACAAAGUGUACCACAUUGGUAUGCACAUACCCAGCUGGUUUCGGUCAAUAUUGCCCAAGGCAGCUCUGCGAGUCGAAGAGGAAUCGUGGAAUGCAUAUCCUUAUACCAGGACAAGGUAUACGUGCCCUUUUGUGGAGAAGUUCUCUAUUGAUAUCGAGACGUACUACAAAACCGAUCCAGGAGAGCACGUCAAUGUUUUCAACCUUUCUCCUGCAGAAAAAAGACAAACCAUUCUAGAUCCUAUUGAUAUAGUUAAAGAUCCUAUCCCUCCGCAUGAAUACAAAGCUGAGGAGGAUCCAAAGCUGUAUAAAUCAGUGAAGACUAAAAGAGGUCCUCUAUCAGAAGACUGGAUUCAAGAGUACAAGAACAACCCUGGGAAAUACCCCAUCAUGUGUGCAUAUAAACUUUGUAAAGUCGAGUUCAGAUACUGGGGGAUGCAGUCAAAAAUCGAACGGUUUAUCCAUGAUGUUGGCUUGCGGAAGGUCAUGGUCCGUGCUCAUCGGCAGGCUUGGUGCUGGCAGGACGAAUGGUACGGGCUGACCAUCGAGGAUAUCCGGCAGCUGGAGAAAGAGGCACAGCUGAUGCUGGCUCAGAAGAUGGCCCAGUUCUGUGGUGAAAAUGAUCCCGAGCAGCACGGAGUCAAAGAUGCUCCUUGUGAGAAGGACAUUGAAGCUGACGCAGUUUCACCUGUGGACCCAGAAGAUGUCUCUGGUAACAGUGAAACAGCCUCUGGGAGGUCGCUCACCAAGCAGUGGUCCACCUCUUCCAAGUCCUCCCGGUCUUCAAAGAGAGGAGCAAGUCCCUCACGCCAUAGUAUCUCGGAGUGGAGGAUGCAGAGCAUUGCCAGGGAUUCAGAUGACAGCUCAGAUGAUGAAUUCUUUGAUGCACAUGAGGACUUGUCUGACAAUGAGGAAAUGUUCCCGAAAGAAAUAACCAAAUGGAGUUCCAAUGAUCUGAUGGAUAAAAUUGAAACCCCCGAAUGUGAUGAUGUCCAGGGUGACUUGUAUCAUGAGACAUCAGCAGAAUACCACGUUGGCUCCAGUGUGGAGCGGCUCAGCAUCAUUGAAGAUGAAUCAGUGCAGCCAUUAAUGCAGCCAAGUAAAAUCCAUGUCCUCCUCUUAGUACUCCAUGGAGGGAACAUCCUAGACUCGGGAAGUGGUGAUCAGAGCUCUAAGCAAGGGGAUGUCAACACCAUCACGACUGUCUUUGACACAGUGAUGAGGGUACAUUACCCAGCUGCUCUUGGACACAUUGCCAUCAGGCUAGUCCCUUGCCCAGCCAUCUGCUCUGAAGCCUUUUCACUGGUGUCCAGCCUCAGCCCAUAUAGUUAUGAUGAAGGCUGCCUGUCCAACAGCCAGGAUCAUAUUCCCCUUGCUGCCCUCCCUCUGCUAGCAACAUCAUCACCUCAGUACCAAGAAGCAGUAGCCACAGUGAUCGUCAGAGCCAACCAGGCCUACAGCGAGUUCAUCAGAUCCCAGGAGGGCAUGUCAUUCAAUGGCCAGGUCUGCUUGGUCGGGGACUGUGUUGGAGGAAUUCUGGGAUUUGAUGCCUUAUGCUACAGCAAUCAAACUGUGUCUGAGAGCCAAAACAGCAGUCGAAGAGGGAGUGUUGUGAGUGUCCAGGAUACCGACCUGCUGUCUCCUGGAAUAACAGUGAACAACAGCUAUUGCUCCAGCGGCUCUAAUCUGGAAGCCAGCAGACACCUCAGCAGGAGCAACAUUGAUAUUCCCCGUAGCAACGGAGAGGAUCCAAAGAAGCAGCUGCCACGGAAGAGGAGUGAUUCGUCCACCUACGAACUGGACACAAUAAAGCAGCAUCAGGCCUUCCUUUCGAGUUUACAUUCUAGUGUUCUGAGAAAUGACCCGGGAUCCAGGCGAUCCAGUAGCUCCACUAUGCUGGAUGGAGGAAAUAUUGGAAAGUUUGAAUUUGAGAUCACUGACUUCUUCCUCUUCGGUUCUCCCCUGGGUCUGGUUCUUGCACUGCGAAAAACUGUCAUUCCAGCUCUUGACAUCUUUCAGCUCAGACCAGCUUGUCAGCAGGUCUAUAACCUGUUCCACCCUGCAGACCCAUCGGCUUCACGCCUUGAGCCCCUUCUGGAGAGGAAGUUCUACCUUUUGCCCCCCUUUAAUAUUCCCCGUUACCAGAGGUUCCCACUGGGUGAUGGCAAUUCUGCUGUUCUGGCAGAUGUUGUUCAGUCUCAUGGUGCCGUCUUCAUGGAAAGCGCGUCCCUGUCCACCCCCAUUUCAGCCCCUCAGUUCAGGGGCUUCCGGAGAGCCAGUGAGAUCAGCAUUGCCAGCCAGGUCUCAGGAAUGGCAGACAGUUACACUGCUUCCAACAUAGCCAACAAAACCAAACACCACCUUAACCAUUGUAGAGGGUUUAGCCUUCUAUCCCUACUUGCACUCCCUCACAAAUCCCCCACCCAAACCUCAUCCAAGAGACACAGGCAGCAUAAACACGAAGUCCCUUCAAAGGGAAGGAAACCCAAAGGGCCAUCAAGUCAGGAUGCAGACUGUGCUCUUCGGAUACCUGACAUGGACAUCAGAAAAGUUGCUGCCAAGUGGUGGGGAACCAAAAGGAUCGACUACGCUCUCUACUGUCCCGACGCUCUGACAGCUUUCCCUACGGUCGCCUUGCCGCAUCUCUUCCACGCCAGCUACUGGGAGUCCACAGACGUCGUCUCCUUCCUGCUGAGACAGGUGAUGAGGCAUGAGAACUCGAGCGUCUUGGAGCUGGAUGGGAAGGAGGUGUCUGUCUUCACCCCCUCCAAGCCCCGCGAGAAGUGGCUGCGCAAGAGGACACACGUGAAGCUGCGGAAUGUCACAGCCAACCACAGGAUAAAUGACACCAUUGCUAAUGAAGAUGGGCCCCAGACCCUGACUGGAAGGUUUAUGUACGGUCCAUUAGAUAUGGUCACACUCACAGGAGAAAAGGUGGACAUUCACAUCAUGACCCAGCCACCAUCAGGAGAGUGGGUUUACUUUGACACUGAGAUCAGCAACAGCAGUGGCAGGAUUUCUUAUGUCAUCCCUGAGAACCGGCGCCUGGGCAUUGGCGUGUACCCCGUCAAGAUGGUGGUCAGGGGUGACCACACAUAUGCAGACAGCUACAUCACAGUUCUGCCAAAGGGGACAGAGUUUGUGGUGUUCAGCAUCGAUGGCUCCUUUGCUGCCAGCGUAUCCAUCAUGGGCAGCGACCCCAAAGUCCGCGCUGGAGCAGUUGACGUUGUAAGGCACUGGCAAGACCUUGGCUACCUCAUUAUCUAUGUCACGGGCCGCCCCGACAUGCAGAAGCAGAGGGUGGUAGCAUGGUUAGCACAGCACAACUUCCCCCAUGGGAUCGUCUCUUUCUGUGAUGGGCUCGUUCACGACCCACUGCGGCACAAGGCCAACUUCCUGAAAUCCCUCAUCACAGAUCUCCACAUGAGGAUCCAUGCGGCAUAUGGAUCCACCAAGGACAUCUCUGUGUACAGCUCCAUCAGCCUCCCGCCCACACACAUCUACAUUGUUGGCCGACCCACCAAGAAGCUGCAGAGCCAGUGUCAGUUCAUCACGGAGGGGUACGCGGCCCACCUGGCCCAGCUGGAGUACAACCACCGCUCGCGCCCCGCCAAGAACACCACACGCAUGGCGCUGCGCAAGGGCAGCUUCGGGCUGCCCAGCCAGACUGAAUUCCUGCGCAAAAGGAACCACCUGCUGCGGACCAUCUCCUCACAGCCCUCAGCAGCUGGAGGCAGCGCCGGCCACCGCCCUGAACGCACCCAGAGCCAGUCCGACGGCGACAAGGAGAGGGACAGGGAACGCAGCCAAAGAAGUAUGAGCAUCGCCACGGGGUGCUGGGGCCGCAGCCCAGCGUCCCGCCUGGAGUCUGGCCUCCUGGGGCAGAAGUAGCCGAGCCAGAGCCAGCGACCUGUCGGCUGCAGCCACCGGAGGAGAGAACAAAAGGAAAGAGGGAUGAGGCCGGCGUUAACGUGGAAGGGUAAAUAUGGUGCUACUCUCAUAACAUCGUGGUAUUCUGGGAAGAGAUGGGAUGUUUCCCACACAGAACGUGCAGGCCUUGCAAGCGGGAGCGUCAGGUUUGUGCGGCAUGAGCUCAAGGAACAGCUGGAAAUUGGAGGGGGAAGUCUCCAGGUCAAGGUUGUGCUCUUUCCUGCCUCCUUCUCUUAUCCAGGUAUAGUGACUGUAAAUACGUGCCUCCUCACCUUCUUAGCCAUCGCUCCGAUAUGCGUGACCGAGUGCUGUCCUCAGAGCCACAGAACAGGGGGUGAGGUUGGGGAAUUUGCUCGUGGCUGUCCCAGGAGCUGCCGGAGGGGCUUUGCCGGUGCAGGGGUGGGGUUGGGGUCAGUGAGCACACUGCUCCUGCAGCACGGACAGCCCCACGUGUGGGAUUUGGCGUGGGCUGUGCCAGGCAGAGCGACCAAGAGCUUUACCUGUACAGAGGGCUUCAUGUUCAGCCAUGUUCUCAAGGAGUAUGUGCAGUGGCAAAACAGAAGGGUGUUGAUGCUCUUGGUAGGGGCAGAAUGUCGGCAGAUUCACGCCCAAGCAACUGGGGUCGAGACUACUAUUAUUUUUUAACGAGACAUUUUAGAAGCCGAUGGAAUUGAAUGCAUUGACCUCUGAACAGAAGAAUACAGGCUAUUCUGUUUGAGCUGUCGCAAGCCUCAGACACUUAAUUUGCUGUUAAAUCUCCAAAUAUUAUUGCUAUAUAUAAUUUCCAGAACUAACCACCGUAUAUUUGCAAGCAGUUCUUCUCAUCCAAAUGCAGGGUCUGACUCUCUCAACACCCACCUCGGAGACAUUUUCUUCUUCCUGGGUUCUCUCCAAGUUCAGUAGCAGCUUCAGUGGGAACCAGACUCGCUUCUUUGACCUGUAGUUACUGAACUGUAAAACCUCAUUGUUUUUUGCACUGAUGAUUUUUAGAAUGGAAACCUGUUACCAUCUCAUGUAGCUACACCCAACUGUUUGUAGUGCAUGACAAUUAAAUAUCGCUACCAGGGUGUGUGUGUGUGUAUAUCUAUAUAUAAAGAUGUGCAUAUAUGUAUGCACACACACACACACGUAUAUAUAUGUAUGUGUACAUAUUUAAAGAAAAUAAUCCUGUGCAGAAGUUUUUCCAGCAGUAAGGAGACUGUAAGGAAGUGUGCCAACAGAGUCAGGCAAGCAUAAGAAAAGGCCAUAUCUGAAUUUUCCUGGUGUGUCUCUCAGUGGAUGUGCCUGAGCCGACGGUCGGUGCGCUGCUGGAGCCGGGGCUGUGCGUGGCAGAGGGAGCUGCCUGCCGUGCUGCAGGUGAGAACAGUGCCUGGUGUGGGGGCUCAGCAAAGAGCCCCACAGCCCCGUGCCCCCGGCCAGAGGCCCGGCUCCCUCCUUGCACACACUUGGGCGGCCCAUUUACAGGCUCCAGUUGGCCUCUUCACGUGGAGAUUUUAUAGUCCUACUGAGCUCCCCAACUACGUGUAACCCAGCUUUCCCCCACCACACCUUCCUGUAUUUAUACCACUUUCUACUUCCGAUGAUCUUAUUUAUAACAAAAUUUUUUAGACUGGCUGCUUCAUUUUAUUAACUGUUUCAAUACGAAGCGCAGGACGGCCGCACUGAGACACGCAGCACUGUGAACACUGCUCUGCUCAUUGGCCUUGGGCCACGGUAGGCAGAUCUCGCAUCAGGCACCUCAGACCUCGUGCUCACGGCGCUUUGGGUCGACUGAGGGACAGUGCUGAGCCGAGGCUGCUGCCCACACAGUGCAGCUCCCCGUCCUGCAGCCUGACUGCACACCGCAUAACCACUCCUCUUUGAUAGUUCUUCAAUUACAGAAUGUAUCUGAUGACUUUUAUUACCGAAAACUGACUUCCCUUUCUGUGGACUCAGCUGAGCUCUCUCUGAAUGUACAUCUGGAGCUUGCUGGGUUAAAAACCAAUGUGAAUUGUCCCAGCUUUUUUGCUAGUCGAACGUUCGAUCGAACAGUUGCCAUCCGAGUAGGAAGCCAAGCCACAAUCCAUCCUGUGAAGUCACCAAACCACAUCACUAAAUAAUUUCUGCAAAUUUGGAUAUGGCCUUUGCAAAAUUCCUCUUUCCUCAAAGUCCACCACCGAGGCGAGGCGCAAUCUGUGCGUUUUCCAAUGCUGAUGAGAUGUUCACGUUUUCUUAUGUGUAGAUAGUGUAAAACAGAGGCGAAUGUAAAUUUUCAACAUAAAAAGUGGAUAUGUAAAAUUGAAAGCUAUUUAUUUAUGUAGAGGAAGAAAUGGCUGGAGGGACUGGAGCCUUCAGGGUUUAUUAAUAUUUAAAAAUGUAGCUUUUUGUUUCAGGCAUUAUGUACAAAGCAAUUACUUCAUGGACCAACUUUAGCGUAACUGUCAAUGAAUGCAGAAGUGCAAUAUUAUACUCACCUCUCCAUCACUUCACGUUCCCAGCAGCUACUGACCAGUUAGACUGACAAUCAUAGCGCUCCGUCCUCACCCUUUGUUCAGCUUCUUGAAAUUCCCCAGGUCCUUUCCAUGCCCCCCAUCUGUUGCCAUUGUGCAAAUCCAACAUGGAGAAGCAAUUGUAGAGCAGGACCUUUAUUGCUGCAAUAAUACCAGAUGACGUGGGUGUAGUUACCAGGAAAUAUGCCAAUGAGUUUUCUUCACCAGUUCAGUCCAUCACAGUACAUCAGUCUAUCUUCAGCCACCCCCAUCUGGCACUCAUCUCUUCAAAGCAAAGAUCAACGUGCUACUCACUCAAAGAACAAUAGCAAUAGUUUAACUCUGUUUAUAACUUGUUUGUUCUGAGCUGUUUUGGAGAGCGAUGCAUGUGACUCAAUGCCUUUCCACGUGUCUGGAAGAGGAUCCACUUGGAUGCAGGGAGGGAAACACAAAUGUAUAUUCCAUCCUUACUAAAGGGGCACUGUCAGGUUAAAGACCUAAUUUAUCUUUGUUGCAAAUAACUCAUUUGCUUUGAAACGAAAGACUAUGAAGAGUUGCUUGGCCUCCUCCCUCUGGCUGUUUGGGCAGCCCUCAGCCCAUGUUGUUCCUACACUUGCACAACACAGCACACCCUGCACAGGCUGCCUUAGGCUUCUCUUUUUUUAUUUCUUUUCCUCUCUUUUUUCAAUUGCUUCCAUCAGAAUCAAACUCCACCGUGGAGCUCAGAUUUUUCUAACAAGCAGCUUUUUGUAUUCCCGAACAAUUGGGCCAGACUUCGCACCUGACGCUGUCCCUUUAAAAUCUUGUUUUUUUUCUUUUUAAUUAAUAAAAAAAAGCCCAUGCAUUCAUUCCGAGUCAUUUUCCUGGGUUGCUCACUCUGUCAGAUGAGGUGAAAUUCUCAUACCAAAAACGUUUACAGUGUCCGAUCCGCGAGCCGAGCGCAGGAACCAGCCAAAGGCUCACCGCCGCCGCCGCUCCGCCAGCAGCCGCCGUGCUUGCUGUAGCAGCCCCUUCUUCAGGUAUUGCCACUUUGCUGCAUUUCCUAUUAGUUCUAGAAGCCUUACGGUCCCUUCCCCAUCCUCAGCACCCUCUCUGCCUGUUGAUACCCUCGACUGUCGGUUUUAUAUUCAACGAUGUUAAUUCUAUUUUAUUUAUAAAAAAUUGCUCUGGGGGAGUGACAGGUGGGUGCGUGGGGAACCACCAGAGGGCACAGCGCGGCGCUGCGUGCACCCGCGUGUACAGCGCCGUGCAGACGACUUGCUUGUGUGUGACAAACCUUCUGUACAAAUUCCUUCUCCUCCUUGCUGUUAGUGCAUCGUCCCAAUGCCUGGGUGUGCUUUGUGUACAGUAUCAUUGUGAGUUACACAGAUUAAAGAAAUGGGAAGGCU